UCGUCCGCAUUUUCAAAUACGCAGUUCUGAACAGUGAUAAACAAGAUACGCUGCAAUGGAAGAGGAUGGGGCAAUGAACUUCAAAGCUCUGAGGGCAAAGUUUCAAGAAGAAGCCCUGGCUCAGUCUAAAACCAGUCGACCAGCUGUUGCAGAGAAACCCAAACACCUUCCACCUCCUGGAGUUCACUGCGGCUCUGUAGUUAGCAGUAUUAAUAAUGGUGUAGAAGAGAAGACACCAGUGGUUCCCCAGGUCAUUUACAGAGAUGGACUGCGAGCCUCUGGAGGCAAGCGAAAUAUUUCCUUUCCACCACAACCUCAGCAGACUUCCCCUUCAUCCCACCUUAUUAAUGGAGACAGCACAAGACAGCAGUCCUUCAAAGAGCGGCACAUACCUCUGGUACUUCCUGUCCUGUCUGUAAAGGAGCAGAAGACAGAACCACCAGUCAAAAAGGAUCACAAAGCGGAACCAGAGCGAGGAAAAGAAGUUAUGCUGCAAAUUAAAAUCAAGAAGAAAGGUUUGCUGCUUCCCUUCAAGUCAGCUAAAACAUCAAAAGUCAGUGCACAAAAUGGAGAGGAGCCCGCAUAUGCUGACCUUACCAACAGACCUUCUAGUGCCCCUGGCGAGUUGCCCAGUGUAGAAAACCAAACUACAGAAGAUGAAGUUUCUCUCCAAAUUGACCAGCCAACUGCUGAGCACCCCCCCUCUAGCCCAUAUAUACCUAACACCUCUCCUUGUGCACAGACAAAUGUUGACUCCAAUAAUAGAAUCAUGAGCACUUUGGAGAGGGCCAAGAAGAAGUUCACAUACCGACAGAUACUGACUUCUGGCAAGCCAAAGAACUUGCAUUCCCCUGACUACACAUUAAGAGACCAGGUGUUCCAUUCACCACCAAAGUACACUGAAAGUGUUGAGCCUGACCCACACAUCCCCUUACCAGUUUGUCUUCCACACUUGGCUUGUAUUUCAGCCCGGCCUUUCUUCAAAGCCAGUACUUCUGCACACAAGACUGCAUUGGAUAAGCAGAUUAGCAGGGAUAUAGCUGACCUUCCAUUUGUCAGAGCUGGUGAACUUCAUCCACCGUCUGUUCCUUCAGAGAAGCCUCUGCCUGACCUAAGGUCACUGGGGCCACCGCCAGCAAAGCCCCUCAGACCUCCACUGGUAGAUCUCCUGUGCUAUCUACCCAGGGUUCUUGAAGUGUCACCAGAUCUUAAUCAGGCACCACCUGAAGAGCCAGAGUCUCAGCACCCAUCCAUCCCCAACCCUGUACUGGAUGCUCCAGAGUUUCCAGACUUUGAAAGUUCCGAGAUGGAAAUCGCAGACGGAGAAGCUGUUGAUAUUGCUGCAAUAGAACUAGAGGCUUUAGACUUGGUCAACACUGACCUUCCUGACUUUGGGGUCACCAGUUUCGAGGGUCCACAACUGGAUUUGUUGGUGUGUGAUCCUCUAGAGCCCAGUGUGAGCUCUGUCGUCAAAGAUCUGAACCUUGGCAGUCCAAAUAUAAUACCCCUUGAUCCUGCCAGCUUUCCUGAACCAACAAACAUUUUAGAGUUCCCACAGCCUGUUGCACCUGAGCAGUGGUCCCAGAAUGAGGAGGCAACUGUACAUCCAUUUUCUAAUUCUCAAGCUACUGAGACUGACGUGGGAGCUGCUGAGUGCCAGUGGGCCCCAGAGGAGAUGGAACUUGGUGUCUAUGCUCAGUUGAGAGAUGGGAUUCAGCCACAUUCAAGUGUUUAUCACCAGGACAGUUACUGUGACAGGUGUGAUGAUGUGUAUGAAGGUCCUGAAAACGCCAACAAAUUCAUCACGAGCCAGAACUCUCGGAAACGUAGAGCUGGUCUAAAGAAUCCAUAUGCUGACAACCACUCUAUGAAGGAGGAGGUGUGUCCUAACACGUGGUCCCGGAAUCCAAGUAAGGAAUGGCAAAGCCCCAGCACUGCUGACCACAAAGAACAGAAGAAGAAGGAGAAGCAGCGACUGGAGAAGGAGAAAAAAGAGCAAAAAGAAAGAGAGAAGAAGGAAAAUGAAAUGAAGAAGAAGUUCAAAGUGACUGGUGAUGAGGAGCCUUUGUACCAUGCCAGGGUGGUGAUGGCCAGUAAAGUCCGAAAGCAUGACCUACCUGUGAAGAACGGAGACACGGUCAGCAUUAUCCGCACCACCAACUGCCCCAAAGGCAAAUGGCUGGCUCGGGAUGCCAGCCACAGAUAUGGUUAUAUUUCAGUCAUGAAUGUGGAGCUAAAUAUCAAGGAGAUGCUGGAACUUGGUAAGAAAGCCAAAGCAGCAGGACGAGGAGGCAACUUGGAGGGAGAUACCAUCAGCAUUGGGAGCAGAUCCUCUAACCACCCUGUCUUAACAAGUAGCUUCACAGAUGACAGUGAGGAGUGGUCCUGCGAAGAUGAGGAUCUCUCCCUCUUCACUGAAAGCCACAGCCUUCCCCAGCAGAACUCGACCAUAUCUGAGACGUGUUGCGGCCUUGUCAAUGCCCAGCAGAAUAUGAGCAAUGCCGGCGGGGAGGACUUGCACACACAGACCAGCCAUGAAGCCCUGCAGAAACUAGCCAUCUUCUUUCAACACAACCAAAAUGAAGUUGUUGACGAUAGUGAAGGAGCAGCGCUCACAAAUGCUGAGCCAUCAACCUUUUUGGGUGCUGUGGAGGAGCCACCGUAUCUUGAAAAGGAGGUUGACUUCACCGAGCUGGAACUCCUUCCUCCCCCACCUCUAUUCGCUGACCAGUUCUAACCCCAGCAGCGGCUUCAACAGGGAACAUCACUGUGGAAAAACUUAAACUGCACAGGUUCCUGCCAUUGAGACUAGUUUGCCAUGUAUUUGAAAAUCAUUGAACGUGCUAGAGUGGAGAAAAGUGAAAAAAGAGAAAAGCAUUCUAAUCAUGAUUUCACUUUUGUUUAGUGAGUUGUGCAUAUUGAUGCAUUUUCAUUUCAUGUUUUGCACUUUUUUUUUUCUUUGAAGUUGCUGUUAAGAGUAAAUGGGAGCAUAAAUUGAAUUAUUGCAGUUUGUCCAAAGGAAAAUGAAAUGAAGUAGCAGACUGUUCACUUGUGGUGUGUGUGUUUGAAUAUGUUCUUUGAGUUUCAAUUUCCUUUCAUCACUGUUACAUCUAAUAAAUAUUUGUCACUGAUUUAUGCUUUUGA